AUGAAUCGGGACAGGCAGGGGACAGGGGGCGUACAGAUAAGAGAAGCCUUUAUAUUCAGGAGCGACGGAGGGAGAACCAACACACUGCUCUCUGCACAGACUGAAGCCCUUCUGAAAGCCACCAUGUUUGUGAAACUACUCAUCCUUGCACUAUCCUUCCUCACAACUGCAGCUUUUCCUCUCCAGCAGGACGAGCGGGAUGCAUCGAGGAGUUAUCUUCCUCAAGACGCCAACCAGGCCAGAGACAAAACAGACGUCACUAAGGACCAGGAUGUGAUGUGGAAGAGCCAUGUGGAGAACGCAGACUUGUACUCGCAGGACUCCAGGGGUCCGCUGGCAGGGGAGUCGUCCCUGCAGAAGCCUACGCUGGUUUCGGAGCGCCUCCGUGCCCGCCUGCGCCAGCAGCUGGCAGAGUUACGGGCGCGCCUCUGGCCCCAGUCCGCCGCCACCCCAGAGGCCGUGGCGGGCAUCAGGGAGCUGCUGGUGCCCCUCACCGAGCAGCUGCAAGGCACGCUCAGCGCCAGCGUGCACGACCUGUGCCAGCAGCUCAAGCAGCACCUCCAGGAGCUCCAGCCUGCGAUGCCGGCCUCCGACCACCAGGGGGCGCCCUCCUACCAGUUCCUGGUGCCCCUGGUUAGCCGCAGCCUGGAGGCCAGCAGCGGCAGGAUGACCUCCAGUAUCCUGGAGUUCCGGGCGCGGAGCACGGCAGCGGCGGAGAGUCUGCAGAACACGGAGCAGCGGGAGCUGCUGCUAGAGGUGGCCGCUCGGCUGGGACAGGAGGCCGCCUCCCUGGAGCAGGAGUUCAGGAGCAGGGUGGGGGGCCUGCAGGCCUCGCUGGGCAGCCUGCUGCUCUCCGCACCGCCCCACGGGGACGGGGACAUGUCCUCUAGCACAGCGCGCUUCUGCCAGCACACACGCGCUCUCAUCCAGCAGUUCAGCCAGGACCUGGAGGGCCAGUUUACCCAGCUGGAGCAGAGGCAGGCCGGGGGGGGGUCGGCGCCCGCCCCCCUCAGGGCGGACUUCCUCCGCGAGGACUUCACCUCGCGCCUGCGCUCCCUCCUCCAGGAGAUCAUGCAGACUCUAAACUAACCCCCUCAAGACUCCUCAAGAACUCAACACACACUCAACAUUGGACUUGUACAUACACUCAACACACACACAGCACUGGACUUGUAUAUAUAUAUAUAUAUAUAUAUAUUUACCCUAGGGGACAUGGGAGAUGUAAAUGCUGUUUGGUGAUCUUUAAUGCAGAGAUGUGUUUUUUUAUUGUGUUUUAAUGAACCUGUUUUGGUUUUCCUUUUGUGUGUUAUGGGGGUUUUGUGUAUGUGUGUGUGCAUGUGUGUGGGCGUGUGUAUGUGUGUGUGUGUGUGUGGGCGUGUGUGUGUGUGUGUGUGUGUGUGUGUGUGUGUGUGUGUGUGUGUGUGUGGGCGUGUGUGUGUGUGCGUAUGUGUGUGCGUGAGUGUGUAGGGCAAUGGAUAUGCUUGAGUGAAUGUGCUAUUUAAUGUUACCUAAAUGUUUAAAAUGGGAAUGUACAUUUUUGAAUUCAAAGGUUUAAGUUUACUUGUGAAAAAGGGUAUUUUGUGUCCUCCAUAAAGAUUUCAAACUUCACAACCA